UAUUGAUUUCUCAACCUCGACCGGAAACCAAGAGGGAUGAGGGGCUUCUUCUCCUCCUCUUCUUCCCUUUUCUCCCGAGCGUUCUUCCGUAGUCGACGUACCUUAGCGCAUGAAUUUUCCAAUCAUGAUCGUCAUCGUCCCCUGAUCAAUGCUCGCUGCUUCUCCGGAGAGCCUUCGCAGACUUCGGCGUGUCUGCGUCCAGGGUUCGGAUGGCUGCUUGGUGGAUCAACGUUUGCAUAUCGGAAUUCCCCUUAGGUGUUUCUUGGAUUUCUUUAUGGUCUUCGAACGAAUGGAUCACACUUGGAAAUUCCAGUUUGCCCCCUUGCUUCCGUUCUUCAACUAUUUUGUCAGCCUGUUCUUUCUUCUAGGUCCACUGGCUCACUAUAGGAGCAUGGUUAGAGAAGGAAAACUUAAAUAUGAUACUUAUCAGGAAAGGGUUGCCUUUGAACUUGAAGAAUUACUUGGAAAGCUACAGUGUUAUCAGAAGGAAAUGGAGGAUUACCAUGUUAAAUUGGCAACUUGGGAGAACAAUAGAGAGAAUGAAAGGCGGAAACUUCUAUUGGAAGAAGCUGAGCUUAAACAGAAGGAUGGUGUAUGGAUAGAUACAAAGAAUCGUAAAAGUAGUUUUAUCGACAAGUGGAUUUCAAGGAGGAGAAGACGACAGAACGUAGAACCAGGUGUUGGGAAGAUGGUCUCAUAUCUUAAUCGUGAAAAAAAGCUAGACUCAGUAGUUGGUGUCCAACCAGUUCCACCCACAGCUCCAAAAGGCUUAUACUUGUAUGGAAAUGUUGGAAGUGGAAAGACCAUGCUAAUGGAUAUGUUUUACUCUGCCACCAAAGGUAUUGUUAAGCAUAGGAGGCGAUUUCACUUUCAUGAGGCAAUGCUUAAAAUACAUGAGCAUAUGCAUGAGAUAUGGAAGAACCAGGCUGAGGAACAAUCUCUACAAUCCAGUGUUUUUAGUUGGAUAGAUAGUCUUCCAUUCAAUGCAAAAGUCAAAGAAUGGUUGGUUGGAGAAGAGAGAUAUAAGCAAGAACUGCAUUCAAAGCAUAUUCUUGCUGCUGUAGCAGACAAUUUUCUUAUUGACAGGAAAGCAGAUAAGACUGGAGCAAGCAUUCUUUGCUUUGAUGAGAUACAGACUGUUGAUGUCUUUGCUAUUGUGGCCUUAUCUGGAAUUGUAAGCAAAUUACUGACCACUGGAACCGUUCUUGUGGCUACGAGUAACAAGGCACCUGAGAAUCUGAAUCAGGAUGGUAUGCAGAAAGAUAUAUUUCUAUCCUUUUUAUCCAAGUUGGAGGAGAAUUGCCAGAAAAUCCUCAUUGGAAGUGAUAUUGACUAUCGUCGCUUAAUACCAAAUAAAAGAAUGGACCAAGUUUCCUUUUUUUGGCCUUCCAGCACUGGUGCUUGUAGAGAGUAUGAAAGAAUGUGGUGUGAGGUCACCAGGAAAGCUGGAGGGGCAAUUACUUCCACUGUUAUUCCUGUGAUGUUUGGGAGAUGUCUGGAAGUUCCUGAAAGCUGUAAUGGAAUAGCGAGAUUCAACUUCGAGUAUAUAUGUGGCCGCCCGGUUGGGGCAUCAGACUAUAUUGCAGUAGCUAGACAUUACCAUACAGUUUUCAUAUCGGAUAUUCCGGUCAUGAGUAUGAGGAUACGUGACAAGGCACGGAGAUUUAUCACUUUGAUUGAUGAGUUAUACAAUCAUCACUGCUGUAUUUUCUGUUUAGCAGCUUGUUCAAUUGAUGAUCUCUUUCAAGGGACAGAUGAAGGAACUCUUUUUGACCUUGAGAGUUUUCAGUUUGAAACUGAAACAGAAGGUGGAAAACUGCGUCGAGAUGUUUUAGCAGCAGGUAGUGUUGGCUUGGGACCUGCCCCUUCCGGAAUCACAUCUUUAUUGUCUGGUCAAGAGGAGAUGUUUGCUUUCCGUAGAGCAGUGUCACGCUUGAUCGAAAUGCAGACACCAUCAUAUAGGGAUGGAGUUCAACUUUUUCAUCCCUUGUUUCAGCAACACAAUAGACAACUAACAGAUCAUGCGCCUGUCUCCCAGCUUCAGCCAUCCCUGUGAUGAGAAGACUAUUUAAUUCCUACGGAUUCUUGUCAGGUUGAUGGGGAACAAAUCUGUUUCUGUAGAUGUCAUCAAGUUGCAAACUAUAUUUGAUUGAUUUCUAACAGUCAUUCUUAUGAGUUUGCUUGAAUAAACUAAUCAGUUAAGUACAAAUAAAUAGAACUGCUGCAACACUGGAUGUUUUAAUAAAAGCCACAGUACCUCUGUUGUGAACGUCAAAAUUCAAGUGCUUUUUGUUGGUAGUUUUUAAUUGAGUAACAGGAUCAUAUAAUUCCUGUGGCAUUCACGUGCUUGUAAACUAUUAAAGUUGGAAUCAGCAUGAUUAGGCGGCUUGAUUGUGUUAA